CUAGUGAUGGUCAAGAUAUGAUAACAAUAUUUGGUUAUUUAAAAAAAGUAUUAAAUAAAAAGAAUUAAUUUAACAACCCUGACGCCAUAUGAACUUGAUACACAUUCAUACUCAUAUAAAAGAAUAAUUUAGUUAGCUGUUAGCUAUUAUUGUCCUCCCUUUUAAGCAAAAACGACAGUAAAAUCAGCGUCAUUUCGCGCCGAAAAGAGCGGCAUCUGUUUGUUAUUGUUUGAUGAAAUUGCGAAAUGCCAAUUGCUGUUUUUAAAUCCGUUCGCGAAGUUAGCAGCGAAGAUUCGGUGCACUCUGCGGAGAACCUGCUUAAGGAAAAUGCCGGCAAAAAGUGGCGCAUCAAGUCCAGUGGCGAGAAGUCCGCCUAUGUCAUACUGGAAUUCCAGGAGGCUCAGCAAAUUACGGGCAUUGAUAUUGGCAACGAGCACUCCGCCUUCAUAGACGCAAAGGUCAGUCGGACUAUGGCUUCGGACGAUUUUAAGGAAUUGUUGCUCUCCAGCUCAUUCAUGACCCCGAUCGAGAGCAAAAACUCCAGCAACCAGAACCGGGUACGCUGCUUUGGCGCCUCUGCCCUGAACGAGGACGCUCUCAAGGAGAAGUGGACGCUACUGAAGAUUACCUGCACGCAGCCGUUCAACCGUCACGUCCAGUAUGGUAUCUCUUUUGUCAAAGUUCAUGUGGUGGCUGCUCCAACAACGAAUACUUCUGCUGCGGCUGCUCCCAAAGUGAAGUCAUUGCUUCCAGAAAAACUCAUGACGUUUGGUGGUUUUAAGUUGCGUGAAGAUUCGCCCGACUCUGAGUCUGAUUCUACGCAGUUGUCGCGAUUCCAGCGCUGGAAGAAGGAAUCACAUCAGCAGAGUCCAGCUGCCACCACAGCAGCUGCCAUCCGAGAUGCGGGAUCUUCCGCAUUGAGAAGAUUAAGCAAUGGUAUAGCCGGAACAUCCAGUGGCGCGUCCACAACAUCACCCGCUGCCGCUUUUGGACGCUCUGGAACUGAUUCGCCGCCUGUCUCGGACGCUAAGCGCUUGGAUCGCAAUCGAGAGUCCCUGCUGUUCGGUGAGGAAGACGAGGACGAGUCCUUGGGAGAAAUCAGCGCCAAGAAACGGCGCUUGAGCAAACAGCUGGAGGCGGACAAGGACAGGCGACGAAUCGAGCAGGAAAAAGAGAAGGAGCACAAAAGUAGCAAGUCGAAGAGGCUUUCCCUGGAUAGGUCCUCUUCUAAAGAAGCCAACCACACUAAAAAAGAAGAUAGAUCUUCGUCCAAGGAAGACAAAACUGCCAAGAAAGAGGACCACUCUUCGUCCAAAGAAGUUAGAACUUCAGAAAAGGAGGAUAAACCAUCUAGGAAGGUUGAAAAAGCUGGACAGAACAAAUCUCAUGAUGUCUCCACAACUAAAGUCAAAGAAAGUCCACGGCCAUCCACCCAGAAGCGCCAUUCAUCGCCUUCUGGACGAGCUGCCACGCCAGCCAAGAAGCAAAAAGUCCUUAACGAUACCAUUCAAUAUCGUCCAUUCAAUCAAUUGCUAAGAGGAGUGGUCCUGGUGAUCAGCGGAAUUCAGAACCCCGAUCGUGCUGACCUACGUUCGAAAGCAACCUCUAUGGGCGCGAAAUACAAAGCCGACUGGGAGCCAGGAUGCACUCAUUUGAUUUGUGCCUUCAAGAACACCCCGAAAUACAACCAAGUCAAGGGAAAGGGAAAGAUUGUGACACGCAGCUGGCUUGAAAAGUGUCAUUCCCUCAAGAAGUAUCUACCCUGGCGACGAUAUGCCCUGGACACGGCCGAUCUUGGCCAGCCGGAGAGCGAUGAGGAGUUGUGCGAUGAGACGAUGAAGCCACGUCGUGAGUCCAGCGAUGCUGAUGAUGUGGUUGUGGUAAACGAGGAUAGGAAGAUGGAGGUCACCUAUGAUGGGGAUAAGAAGGAUGUGGGACAGGAGGCAUCGUCUGGAAUCGAUACUGAAGAUGAACUGGAAAAGGUGGCGCAAAAAAAUUCUGAAAAUAAAAAGAAAAGAGUCAAGAGUCCAGUUAUGACGAAGUCCGACGAUAUAUACGAUGCCAGUACCGAUGAGGAGGAUUAUUUGGCGGAAAAAAAGAAGCAGAUUGUAGUCCUCGACUGAGUUCCUCGAAAUAUUUUUAAAUUAAGUA